AUGAGUUGUCACCAUCAAAGUAGUAGAUCCCUAGCUGAGGCCGAACAUUACAUUAAAGAGGCGUUUGAAAUCUUGAAGGAAGAAACAAGCAGACUUCGCCUGGAGCAAGAAUCCAUCGAUGCCAUGUCCACGAAACUUGAUCAGGUUCACUUUUCAUCUACCGUUAAACUCAAUGUUGGAGGCCAGCACUUUACCACAAGCGUGCAAACUCUGACAAAGGAUCCCAACUCCAUGCUGGCUGCCAUGUUUUCAGGAAGGUUCGACAUGAAGCCAUCUGAAGACGGUUCGUUCUUUAUCGAUCGAGAUGGAACUCACUUCCGCUUUAUCCUUAACUUUCUCCGCACGGGAAAACUAACUCUGCCUGAAGGAGCUACAUUUAUCAAGGAACUUGAGGAAGAAGCUGAAUUUUAUCAAAUUCAAGGACUCAUUGAGGCGUUGAGGCCUGCUAAAUUAACAGUUAAAGUAGGUACGCUAGACGAGCCAUUCAGAGAGUCGACCAUUUUAACGAAUGUAGAGCAUCGGAAAACUUUGAAAGGCUGGUUACCCGAGGCCAUGGUAGGCGAAUGGCGUUUGCUGUUCCAAGCGUCACGAGAUGGCUUUGCCGCUUCAGCAUUUCAUUCUAAGUGCGACACCAAAGGGCCUACAGUCACUGUUGUGAAAAGCGGUGCAAACAUAUUUGGAGGUUUCACUGAGAAGCCGUGGACAAGUGUAGGAGGGGCACGUAAGUUUUUACUCCAGUUGAUCAUCAUUUAUACGUGAAAAAUAUUUCCGAAUGCGCUACCUGACGCCUUCCAUGCUUUAUUUUAUAUCAUUUAUCCUGUAAGAUUUUGCGAUGAUCUCCCAUAACUCCCAUGACUUCUGGCGAAAACAACUAAUAAAGCGACAGGAAGGUGGGAGUGCAGCCAUAUUUUAAAAUGAUCCAUAAAUGAUUGCCAAAAAAGUUCUUAUCAAGAGGGGGAAAGUUUUACAAACUUUCAGUCCAAUGCACCAGAAAAUAAAAAACAGAAAAACUAACAAAAGACCAGAUCCCACAGUCACGGACCUCUACUUACGGACUAGCCUGAAUUUCAGACAUUCCUUCGACUCGCAUACUCCUCCUAGUUGUCGAGAGGAGUAUGCGAGUCGAAGAAAUCGGUCUGAAAUUCAGGCCGUAACUACGGAAUUCUUAGGUUAAACUUGUUACCUACAGAUUGAUGAACAGGACUACUAGACCGGUUGAAUGCCACACGGUCGACAGGAGUAUUGUGAACUCGUACCCAGAUCUCCCAAACUUGCAAACAGAUUAAGCAAACAGACGCCUUUUGUACGGUACCAUAUUUUGUCGAUUAAACGCCGGGUCAAAACUGCCGAUUCUUAAAAAAACGCCGGGGACGUUUACAGAGGGCAGCUCCCCCCGCGUUUGAUCGAGAUCCCGGCACUCAAUUGCGGUCGAGGUCACAAGGACUUGUUACAACUAGAAAUGUAAUCCUUUGAACAGCACUGUUAGGACAUACUGUACCAAGCACAGUGCAGUUGUUUUAGUCUUUUAGUCUAAACGUUCAAAGGAAAAAUACCGGCGUGUUAAACAUCUAGGGUGGAUGCUGUACAACAAAAUGUAGGGUACCAUAACCUGAUAACUGUACUGUAUCUUUGGGUAAUGUACGCACGGGUAAUCAUCCCCGGAGAUCCAGGGGCAGGACGAAAGAAAAAAUCGUGCCACCCUGAUAAACUGCCUCCAGGUCUCCGAGGAUCGGUAAAAUAACAAGAACGCGCUUACAGCGGCGGUCAGUCUCGCUCACCUUGGAGAUUAGGUCGAGAAAUGAGGAGGUGAUUAAUUCUAUGCGAAACGGGAUUUACUUGCUAAAGGUUUUUUUACUUCCUACUUUAUCCACAUCGGUACUUUUUACUUGUUUCUUAAUUGAUUUAGUACGCGUGUUUGCAACGACCGCAAUUACGUCUGCGUUCGCAGGCUAUCCGCGUGUAAAUUCAAGAGCCUCGAUUCCAGAGAAAUUACAUCAUUGCUAGAGAUCAAAAAAGUUAUUUACAUGGCUCGUCAUUUCAAUCAUCGCCGAAAAUAAAUCGCAUGCUCAUCACAAGAGCCGUUUGCAUACAAUGAAAGUUUACAACACCCGACCAUCGCAGUUUUGGUAAUUAAGAUUCAUAUUUUUUUUGACCACUCAAUAGUGUUCACUUGGUCUAAAGUAAGCGACGCUUUCAAGCGAUGGAAUUCGUGGACCGACACGUCUCGGAAAGGUUCUAAAUUUAAUCUUUCCUAAGCUUUCUUCGCAACAUGCGUGGCUUCGAUCAUGCAACGAUUCUUAGUCUCAGUUUCCACGGUGUCUGCAAGGAACGCCUGGCACAAUGACCUGCCUCUUGUGUCCUAAAUACGACUAAAAAGCCCGGGGGGGGGGGGGGUCCACCCUCCCCCCCACCCGUCCCCCUCCCCGCUUUUUCGUCUCGCACCGGUUUCUUGUCCUGUGUUCCCAGGGGGCCGCAAAGGGCCCCCCGCCCAAGGGCCCGGCCCCUUGUGUCCUAAAACGCACAAAAGAGCGGGGGGGGGGGGGGGUACUUCCUUCGUAGUAGUAAUGACGUCAUCAUGCAAUAUAUAAUGAAGAAGUAGCUAAUUCCUCUAAAAAACAUACCCAAUUCAAGACUAGAGUGCACAAACCAUACCCUAUUUCGGGCCAAAAUGGUCGAAACUGAUACCCUAUUUCAGACCAAAACGGCGCAAAAACCAUACCCUUUGGCGCCGCACAUACCUAUAUAACCUAUAUAAGUGACUCCCCCCCCCCCGGGCUCAAAACGCGUUGCGUUGAGAACAUAAAAAUAAGAGUAAUUUUUUCCGCAAAAACAUAUUUCAUAGAAAACGAAGACAAACUCGAAGUUCAAAGUGCGAAGACUAGGGAAAAGUCAGCGGUGUAAAGUUAAAAAUUGUAAUGUACUUAAGUUGUUGUUAUACUACGUUUACUUUUGGUAGUGAUAGAACCCUGUCAAAACGUUACAAUUAAUAAUAUAAGAGCCUCUGUUUGACGAGCAUUUUAGUGGGAAAAAUGGAGCAUUAAGGUGGAGCAUUUUAGUGGGGAAACAAAAGCAUAAUAGGCAUAAUGUACAUAAGACCUGAAGGGUACCAGAUUAGGAGCACUGUUACUUUAAGGACAGCUGCCGUCUUUUAUUCAUUUCAGUACACACGCAAAGAUUGCCGGAGUUUGAAUAAGCCCUUAAUGGCUAUGCAGAUUUCUGUAGUUAAGUAUAAAUUCGUCACUUUAAAAGUUUACAUGGCAAGUCGAGUCCAGCAAACACUAACGUUAGUUCUAUCUGAUCAUUUGUAGAUUAUGCAAAGUGUUGCCAAGCUUUCUUGUUUAGCUUGGUGAAUCCGAGUGCCUUGGGUGCAACCAAAAUGUCGCUUAUCACUGGGAAGGAAGAGUAUGGCAUCGUUUGUAAUGGCAACUUUGGACCAAUCUUUGGUGGUGGGUAUGACCUAAGGAUACUGAAUAAUGCAAACACAAGUCCUAGUAGCAGCUCUCUCGGCCACACCUAUCAGCUUCCACCAGGACAACAGAGAACGUUCUUCACAGGUGCCACAAAUUUCAUUGUUACAGAUUACGAGGUGUUUGGACUCCAGCAGUGA